AUGGACAAUCGAUACGGGAGCGCAGACGUGGUGGGCACCAACCAGCGACACACAAUCAAAGUGUCGGACUACGCGUCGAUAAACCAGGAGGCGCGGGAUAUUGGGUCGCGCUAUGCGGGCGAGGAUGGCGUGAGCUCCAACGAGCUUUUCGAAGCGGAAGACCCCAAGGCCCUCGUGCAGGCCAGCUCGUUGAGGACAUUCUUCAACAUCACCAAGUGCUUCAUCGGCGCGGCCUCCUUCGAGCUUCCCUGGGCUGUCAAGCAAGGAGGUUUGAUUGGUGGCUCGGUGGGACUGGUGUUUUUGGGCAUCAUCUCGCAGUUCACGCUGGUCAUCCUGGCCAAGUGUGGCCACCUCGCAUCCAAGUCCUAUCCCACCUACCCGGACAUCGGUCGUGAGGCGUUUGGCAAGACUGGAGUUAUUUUGGCGUGGACGGGCAUCAUUGCGUCGACGAUCGGAGCAUGUGGAAGCUAUCUGAUCUUCAUCGGUUCGUCCAUACAAAAGCUGCUUGGUGGCUACACCGCCGUGUUCGAAUACAGUGCAGUGUGUACCUUGUUUGUAAUUCCGCCGGUCAUCAUGCUGUCGUGGCUGCGAAGCUACAAGGUCCUCGCCCCCACCUCUAUCCUCGGAAUUUGUGCACUCUUGUUCUCGUUGGUGGCGACGUGGAUCGAUAUCGGAAUGUACCACGAGGCCAAGUCCUUCAAUGAUUACCCCGCCGUUCAGAUCACGUCCUACCCGCUCUUCCUGGGCAAUGCCGCGUUUCUGUAUCUCAUCCACUCUGUUGUGCUGCCCACCGAGCAGUCCAUGGCGAACAAGUCCAGGUUCCCGGUGGUGGUCGGAACGAGCAUUGUCUUCGUGACCAUCCUCAACGUCGCCUUCGCCGUCACCGCCUACCUCUUCUACGGCGAAGACACCAAACAGAACGUGAUCGACAACCUGCAUCCGGGAGUGAUGGAGAUCCUGGUGCGCAUCUUCCUGUCGCUCGACCUUCUGUUCACGGCCGCGCUCUUCCUCUUCCCGACCUCCGAGAUCCUCGAGUUCGCGCUGCUCGACCGCACGCUCUUCGGCAAGUCGCGCAACGUCGAGAUGCAGCGCAACCUGCUCCGGUUCAUCAUGGUCAUGGUGACAGCGGCCGUGGCGCUCGCGAUCCCCUUCUUCUCGGUCAUGACGGGCCUCACGGGCGUGUUCGGGAGCAACCUGCUGGGCUUCCUGCUUCCGCCCUCGAUCUACAUCAAGCUCAAGUACAGCAAGGGCCACUGGGGCAAGAUCAAGCUGGGCAAGCUGAUGCGCUUCAAGAAGAAGACCUGGGGCCUCCUGGCUGAGCUCGUCAUCUGCUCCCUCAUCUUCCUCUUCGGCAUUGCCAUGCUCGCGUUCGUGCGUGAGAUCAUUGACAAGUACACCAGCGGUACCCUGCUCGACGAUUGA